GUGGGCUUGUGGCAAGUGCAUCUCGAAAGUUGAAAGAAACUGUAUUUGUUUGUGACUUCAGUGCAAUCGAGGCUACACUUAAGGUUUAAUUGUUUGUACAAAGCAGUAAACUUUUAUUCUGUGCACAGAGAAGAUCUCAAUUUGGUCUCUCCGUAAGUGCAGUCAGAUUUGUUCAAAACGGCUUCCGAAAAGUUAAAUAGUACCGAUCAAGCCAACUACAACACAAUGUAUCAAUCAGCGCAAGGGGGUUAUCCCCAGGGAGGAUAUCCGCAAGGAGGCUACCCCCCACCAGGUGGCUACCCACAAGGAGGCUACCCCCCACCAGGUGGCUACCCACCGGGUGGGUAUCCACCUCAAACCGGCUAUCCGGCGCAGCCCGGUUUCCAACCUGGAUAUGGAGGUGCCGGAUUUGGUGAGCCGGCCGGAUAUCCGGGGCCGGGUCAGGGCAGCUUGGGUGAGGAUGGCGACGUCAAAGGCUUCGAUUUCAAUGAGCAGAGCAUACGCAAGGCUUUCAUACGGAAGGUGUAUUCAAUCCUGAUGUGCCAGCUGCUGGUGACGCUGGGCUUCAUCACGCUCUUUGUGUAUCACAAGCCAACGCAGAUGUGGGUCCAGAGAAACACCUUCAUGUUCUGGAUAGCUUUCGCGACAGUGUUCAUCUGUCUGAUAGUGAUGUCUUGUUGCGGCAACGUGCGGCGACAGGCGCCCAUGAACUUCAUCUUCCUCGGCAUCUUCACUGUCGCUGAGAGCUUCCUCCUCGGUGUCACCAGCAGCAUGUACGAUGGCACAGCGGUGAUGAUGGCUGUAGGUAUCACAGCUGCUAUCUGUCUGACGCUGACAUUGUUCGCGAUGCAGACAAAGUAUGACUUCACAGCAAUGGGGGGUAUCCUCCUCUGUGCUACUGUUGUACUACUCUUGUUCGGUCUGAUAGCAAUGUUCCUGCCGGGCAAUCGUAUAGUCACUUUGGUGUAUGCGUCUCUGGGAGCUCUGCUGUUCUCCGUCUACUUGGUGUAUGACACUCAGCUGAUGAUGGGUGGCACUCACAAGUACAGCAUCUCCCCCGAGGAGUACGUCUUCGCUGCUCUCAAUCUUUAUCUCGAUGUUAUCAAUAUAUUUGUAUACAUAUUGACUAUUAUUGGAGCCAGUCGGGAUUAAAUUUAGACGAACAGCUACCAAAGGAGUCAACACGCAGACUGUCAAAGAGUAGCUAAGCUUUAGUUUUUUUUUUUUAAUUUCUUUACUCCACUUCUAAUAUCAUUGUGGUCGUACAUUUGCAGUAUUUUGUGUUAAAUAUAUACUG